GAUCUUGUGCUUUUCGAUAAUUUUGGGCCUAUGUACUCGUCACGAUGGCAGAAUCUAUUGAUUUAAACAGUCUAAGUGAGGUCUUGAAUCUCCCAUUUCCAGCCCAGACCAAGCAAGCUGCUGGGAAGAUCAAUGGUGUCUUGACAGACGUGCUUUUUAUGGGAUUCAGUGAUAGAAUUCUAGUGACAGUAUCACAAGAAGGCAGAUUAGCUCAUUGGCUUCAUGUACCUCUCGAGAAUAACAAUCCCGGCACUGAUGGUUUCCAUACCUUUUCAGAAGGAGACGCAGACAAUAGUCUACUUCCUCUACCUUCCUUGACUGCCACUACACUCUUGGGUGGUCAUGCUCAGGGACAUGAAACUACGAAUCAACUUCUUGCUCGUCAGAUCGGUAGUGCUAUUGUAACCAAGACGCCGAAUGAGAGACGGGUGCUCCUCGUUGGUUUGGGGCUUAAUGCCUAUCAGAUUGAUAGGGAUGCCUUUUUUGCAAUUGUGGAUCUUGUUCUGCAAUGCAUUUGAGGAUUCAAUCACGCACAAAUGUAAUCUUAUGAGAUCGCUAUGAAGACUUUACAUCUCGGUGUGGGCACCGAGGUUAUCUUUUAUGACGUAUGAAACAGUCUAUCAUGCCCAAG